CAGUUGAGAGUGAAGCGCCUUCAGAAAUCUAACAGAAGCUGCAAACCGUGGGAUACAGUGAGAGGAGUGUUCGCAGAGACAGACGUGAAGAAUGGGCGCUAUGAAGUGGCUGGUGAUUUUUGUCUCGCUGGGCAUAUGCUCACAGGCUGCAACCGAAUCAGCCAUCCAAGUGUCCGUGUUCUCAGCGACAUCAAAGACCGUGACUCUGAGAUGGACCAGGUACUCUGGAGCCAGCUCAUACAAGAUCUCCGUUGCCCCCACAAGCUCACCAAGCGACCCCAUCGCUUUUGCCCAGUUUGGUCCAAACACGGUGAUGGGCUCUGUCAACUCCCUGUCCCCAGGCGUCAAUUAUGUCUUCACAGUUGAGGCUCUGGACAAUUCCCAAGCAACACUGAGCACUGCAACUACUGAGUCAUCAACAGCCCCCGAGAUGAUGGAUCCCAUCCAGGCAGUGAAGCCGAAGGACAGCAGGACCUUGAUGGCGGAGUUCACCUUGAGGACCGGGGCGACUCACUACGUCAUACGCAUCCAGAACUCCAAUGGCUUCUACAGAGAGGACACAGUGUCUUCCUCCCCCACUGAGAUUCGGUCGCUCACACCCUACACCGAGUACACGCUCAGCAUCAUGGCCGUGAACAGCGGAGGCCGCAGCCAGCCGUCUCUUCCUGUGACCGCGAAGACAGUUUUGCCUCCUCCUCAGCUCUCCACCUCCUCUCCCAGCAACGACAGCAUCGUCGUGUCCUGGGCCCCCGUUGCUCACGCCGUCCAGUACACCCUGUCCGUGUACAAGUUUGGCUCCAACACCAACGUGAAGCACAACGCCUCCAGCACCAACCUGACCAUCGCUGGGCUGGAUGCUGGCUCACUGUACGUCAUCAGGGGUUUCGCCUGGGACCCUGAGGGCCGAGCGGGGGAGGGCAGUUCGCACACCAACCAGACAACACGACCUCCAACGCCAUCUUCUGUCAACGUCUCCGUGGUGACGGCUAACGGUGCGGCCGGACUCUCUGUAUCCUGGGAAGGCGAUCCUGAGGUCUACGGAUCCAUCGAGUAUUUUGUGAUGAGUGACCAGAACCUGACCUGUAACUCCACAUCCAGCUCCUGCACCCUGUCUCCAGUGGCCUGCGGAGAGGUGCACGUCAUCCGGGUCACCGCCUCAAACGAGGCCGGGCCCAGCUGCCCGUCCAGCCCCGAGGUCUUCAUCACCUUCCCCUGCCCCCCGGAGUCUUUGGCUCUUGCGGAGCCGACGGAAGGAAACUGCACGCUGACGUGGGACACGGUGCCCCACGCUGACAGCUACGUGGCCUUCAUCAAGAGAAGUGAUGGCGCCGAGGAGACCUGUAACACCACCUGCAGCAACUGCACCUACCACUGCCAGUGUGGCUACACGUACCUGAUGUCUGUGCUCGCAUUCAACCGGGCCGGCGCCAGUCCCCCAGGAAUGAAUCUCAACUAUACCACCUUGCCCUGUUGUCCAGAGGGUGUAUCCGUCUCCGCGGUGAGCACUGACACUCUGGAGAUCACGUGGACAGCUUCGCGGGGGGCAGAGCUGUACGAGACUCGGGCUGCGGGCAGUUCAGAGGUCAUCCUGUGUAACGACACGGCACCGGUGUGCGCCCUCUCUGACCUCCGCUGCGACAGUGCCUACAGCGUGGUGGUGACACCCUGCAAUGAAAUCAGCGGAUGCAACCGCGCAUGCAAAGCUCACACCAAAGACACAGCUCCCUGCAUGCCAACGGAUCUGAGGCUGAAUCCGAAAAACUCCUCCUGCGUCAGUGUCAGCUGGACGGCGAACAACAGGGCCGCUACUUACACCGUGAGCGCGCUGGGAGGCGAAGGCGGACACACCUGCGCCACCGCUGGAAACAGCUGCGACCUCACCGGCCUUCCCUGCGGCUCCACCUAUGAAGUCAGUGUCAUCGCAAGCAGCGCCGCCGGCCAGAGUUUACCCAGCUACUCUGACUCCCUGGAAACAGAACCCUGUUGCCCGGUGAAUCUAACAGUGGCUCAGGUGACUCAGGCAAUGACCAACGUCUCGUGGUCUCACGCCAAAGGGGCGCAUUCCUUCAUCACCUCCCUGACGUCGCCGCGUGGUCACGCCCGCUGCCACACCCAGGACUCCCACUGCCUCGUGGGAUGCAUCACCUGCGGGACAAACUACACCGUCGCCAUGGAGGCGGCCAGCCACAGCGGCCGCAAGGCCAACUGCAGCUAUCAGGGCUUCUCGUCCAGUGCCUGCUGUCCCUCAGGUGUCAGGCUCUACAGGAUGGCCGGCGACGCCCUGCGGGUGCACUGGCGCAGCGCUGGCAGCACCGGCAGCCACGGCAGCCCCAGCUACAUCACCGAGGUGGUGGGCAGCAGCAGCAACUACACCUGCACUGCGCCUCCGGGGGAGAACAGCUGCGAUGUUGGCGACGUCCGGUGUGGGGACAUCUAUCGUGUGUUGGUGGCCCCGCUCACACCGGAGGGCAGCAAAGUCCUGUUCUGUCCUCAGAGACUGUACUCAGUAACUUGCUCAGACAGCAACGUUGGUGCAGUGAUUUACAGAGGGAAGAGAAGUGUCGACUAGCAGAUGCUUCCUCUCCAGAGAUACAACAGAAGACCUCCACCUUCUUCGACCCUCCCCUUCCUCCUGCAUCAUCCUUGCGCAUCUCGAUGAAGCCGAUCGGAUAAAUAAAGAGAAGAACAACCGCUAACCAAGAAUAAACAAGCCUGUCUGUUGGCCAUGGUAUAAACUGAUGAUGAAAUAAAUGUUUGAGAUAUUUUUCAGUGCUGUGAACGGGCUUUGAAAUGAUGUUCAUGCACAGUAUCAUGGCCAAGAAAAACCCAUUUUGUACCAUCAACGGACAUGAGCAAGUACUUAGAUGAGAAAAACAUGAACAACAUGAGUAGAUUCAAAAGAUUAACGAUGAGACAAAAUUAUGGUAUGGAUUUGGUAAGAGUGAAAAAAGUGAUAAAACAUUUGAUCCACAAACAAACAAAACCAAAUUUACAUGCUGGUACUGAAGUUUUGAAAAUUGAUCGGACUUGACGGAUCAAUAGAAUCAAACAGUAACAGACAUUUCACAUCGCUCAUGCAACCUUUUGCCCCUCCAUCUUAAGAAGUAUUCAUUUGAGAAACGACCAAAUUAAGAUUUGUUUCGUAGCUCCAGCCCUAAGUAGAAAAAGGCCUCCUGAUGAUAAGCGGCAGGCGCUGAUCUGUGCAUCUCAUCAUGCGUCGCCCUGUUCGCCCACGACUUCUCCAGUGUGCUGGUGC